UAAACAAUAAAGUAAUUGUUCAAAAGCAGUGUGUAAUGGUGAACACCACACAAAGAUAGAGUACGUUCCACAGUAUUAGUCAGCCGCAUUUACUCACUGUCACUGAUAGGACUUAAAGACUAGUCUAUGUCUUAGAAAUGGAGAAUUAUUUUCGUCGGUUCUCCUCUCAAAAUAAGGUUCAUUAUAUUCUUUUUCCAAUAUCUUUCUUAUAGUCAGUAGUCAGUGUUGGGUGCAAGUGCAAGUGUAACCUUAAAAAUGGUUUCAUUGCCCAAGCUACUUAUUGUUUUAUCACUGGCAACUUUUAUUUUUAUCACACAACUUAUUGCAAGCGACCCCCAAUACGUUUUUAUCAAACCCUGGUGCUCUUCCACAGAUUUUGAUCUUGAAAGCUCAUAUCGGACCAAUCUCAACAAGCUAUUAUCUACCCUUCCAACAUUAGCUGGUGAAAGCACUAAUCAAGGAUACUACACAACCUCCAUUUCUGUCACCCCCGACUCAACAAAAAUCUAUGGCCAAUUUCUUUGUCGAGGGGAUACUACUCCUCAAGAUUGCAAUGGUUGCGUCUCUACUGCUGUUAUUAACUUACCACCAAAAGAAUGUCCGCAGGAUAUGAGUGCAGUUAUUUGGUACGAUAAGUGCAUGGUUCGAUACUCUAACGAGUCUUUCUUAAGUUUUGUCAAUGACACAAUAGCAGAGGGUUGGAAGAACCACGAAGAUAUAUCGUCGUACACUAGUGAGAUCAACAGAUUCAAGAAAUUGGCAGGUGAUACUAUGAAUACGUUAGCCUCUAAUUUGAGUUCACUUAGACCCAAUAAUAAUUCUGGUCUUGAAGGUGACAGGAAGUACUAUAUAACUAAAGAUGUUGAAUUUAAUAGUUAUGUGAGAUUAUAUACAAUGGCUCAGUGCACACCUGACCUUACUCCCACUGUUUGUGGAAUGUGUCAGAAUAUUCUUAUUAAUAGAAUGGAUACUUAUUGCGAUGGAAGUAGGGGUUGUCAUAUGUUGAAUCCAAGUUGCGAUGCAAGGUAUGAGGUCUACCGUUUUUACGAGGAUAUAACACCAACACCAACGCGCCCACCAUUACCACUGCCUAGUCCACCUUCUUCCUCUCCUAAGCAAGGUGCACAGGUUCAAGGAAAGGGUAAGCCGAAUCAGACACUGGUGGUGAACAUCUCUCUAGCUUGUUUAGUGCUGUUCCUGGCCAUUCUAGUAACCGUGCUCGUCUUUCUUCUAUGUAAAAAACGACCCGUAAUCACAAGAAUGCAUAGUGGGAGAAAUCAUGCUCUAAAUUUUGGGAAUGGUAAUGUUCAUGACUAUUUGAUGGCUGUAGAGUCCCUGCAGUUUGAGUUUACCACACUUCAAUAUGCGACCAACAAUUUUUCGGACUUUCUAAAGAUUGGUGAAGGGGGAUUCGGUGUUGUUUAUAAGGGAACCCUUCCGAAUGGGCAACACAUAGCAGUGAAGAGACUGUCUAAAGACACCCCCCAAGGAGCCGAACAAUUCAAAAAUGAAGUGGUGUUUGUUGCCAAAUUACAGCACAAAAAUCUUGUUCGGCUCUUGGGAUUUUGCUUAACACCGGAUGAGAAGCUGCUUGUGUACGAAUUUGUUACCAACAAAAGUCUCGAUUUGUUUUUAUUUGAAAAAGGAACACAAGGUACAUUAGACUGGUCAGCGAGGUACAAAAUUAUACAAGGCGUUGCUCGAGGAAUGUUCUAUCUCCAUGAAGAUUCUCGACUUAAAAUUAUUCAUCGAGACCUCAAAGCUAGUAAUAUAUUGUUAGACACUGAUAUGAAUCCAAAAAUAUCAGAUUUUGGCCUAGCAAAAAACUUUGCAGUGAAUCAGAAACAAGAUCAGACAAGCAGACUAGCAGGAACUCUGGGAUACAUGGCUCCGGAAUACGUUGAAUAUGGUGAAAUAUCUACCAAAUCAGACGUAUACAGUUUUGGUGUUUUGGUAAUAGAGAUCAUAACCGGGAAGAAGAUCACUCAUCGCCAAUCUUUAGUAGCCGAAAAUCUUCUAACAUAUGUUUGGAGACAUUGGUGCGAGGGCACACCUUUGGAAGUUAUAGAUACAUCUCUUGGAACGUCAUAUUCAGACAUUGAAGUCCUACAAUGCCUGCACAUUGGCUUGCUGUGUGUUCAAGGGGAUACUGAGGGAAGACCUACAAUGCUUUCUAUAGUCUCUUAUCUCAACGGUAGUUUAGAUCUUCAUCUUCCAACACCGCAACAGCCUGCCUAUGCGGUGGGCAAUCGAACAAGAUUGAGUUCAUCGGGAUCUAAAACAGAAUCUAGCUCUAGAAGCACUGGACAACAAUCUGAUAAAUCUGUCAUUAGAUCUAGUAAUUCGUUCUCUGGGAUUGAAGCUUCAUCUCACUAAAUAAGCAUUUUUAUCAAUAACUUGCUUCUGAGACCUGUAUUAUUCUAAUGAUUACCUAAUUUAAGAAUUUUAGUUGGUCGAAUUUGGUAAACCGGGUAAUUUACCCGGUUUUAAAAAUUGAAUAUCGAGUUUUUCGGAUCGGGUUUUCCAAACCGGAUAUUUUUGAACACCCCUAGAUGCCACCCUCAAGAAGGACCGGAUGAUGUAUGCCCGUGUCCAUAUUGAGAUGGAUUUAACUACAGGGUUCCUGGAUGAGGUCUUCUUUACCAAUGAGGUUGAUGAAUUAGUGUCGAAGAGGUUGUCCUAUGAUUGGAAGCCUACCACGUGUACUAAGUGUCUUCAACUUGUGCAUUCGGUGGAGGGGUGUAGAGACACAGUCCAACAGUGGCGGGUACCUUAAACAACACAAGACCAUACCACAGUGGCUGAGGAGGAUACAAUUGAUGAUGGUUUUCAGCUAGUUAGGAGUAAGCACAAGGACAGGGGUCCUGUUAUUGAUCAGUUGACUUUGGUGGUGUUCUUGGAUACCUCUAAUAGUUUUGAUGUCUUAUCAGGGAAUGUAGGGGAUGGUAUGGAUGCAGGGGUACCAAAGGAUGGAUCAACUCAAAUAAAAGCGUUGGGGGCUAUACCCCAUCCGGUCUUAUGACUAAUGUGCUAGGUUGGAAUGUGAGAGGGCUAAAUAUGCUUCGGAAGCAACCGGAGGUAUUUCACUUUAUAUCUCAAAACAAUGUUUGCUUAUUUGGCCUUCUCGAGACUAAGGUGAAGAGGCAAAAUUUGGGCUCUCUUUACCAAAAUGUGUGUCCUGGAUGGAGUUUGUCUCAUAACCUUUCAUAUCAUACUGGAGGGAGAAUUCUAAUUGGAUGGAAACAUGAAGAGUUGACAGUGAACAUAGUUUACUGUAGCAGCCAGAUUAUGCACUUGAAAGUUCUUCCUAGAGCUGGUUCCCUUUUUCUUUGUUCCUUUGUGUAUGGUGCAACAGAUAUUCAUGUGUGAAGGCAUUUGUUUCAUCAGCUUGAUAGUAUUGCUGGUUCUUGUGUUGAUCCUUGGAUUAUCUUGAGAGACUUUAAUUGCUUAGCAAACUUGGAUGAGAGGAUAGGCCAGCCGGUUCGAUUACAUGAGGUUAAACCUCUUAGUUUGUGUAUCACUAGAUAUGGGGUGCAUGAUAUGAAGAGCUCAAGGAGGUUUUAUAAUUGGAACAACAAAUAACAAGGGGCUAAAAGGGUUAUGAGUAAGAUCGAUCGAGUUCUUUGUAAUAGUCUUUGGGAUGCUACUUAUUCUAAUGCCGAAGCCACUUUUCUUCCUAAGGGACAAUUUAAUCACUCUCCCCUUUUGGUCAAAUUCUUUAUCCAACCUUUGGGUAAAAAACCUUUUAGGUUUUAUAAUUUUUGGACUGGAAAAGACUCUUUCAAAGACUGUGUCUGGUGUCUUAAGUUUUCAAAUUUAGAAGAAACUUAAGAGACUUAAACACUUGUUUAAGGAGCAUUAUCAGCGUACCCCUAUUCAAGUGGCCCUAGCUAAAGCUGAGAGGAAUUUAUCUAUGGCCUAGGAUAAUGUUUAUAAGCACCCUAGAGAUGAAAUGCUUGUGAAUACUGAGCACCUUAUGGCCCUUAAGCUUGCUCAGGUUAAGAAAGAGUAUGCUUCCUUUUUGCAGCAGAAGGCUAAGGUUGACUGGAUCAAUUUUGGCGAUGAAAACACUUCCUUCUUCCAUAAUAGUCUUAAGCAUCGCUACACCCAUAAUAGAAUUAAUCAGAUUCAUAUUGAUGGUGUUCUUGUUUAUGACCCUCAUAUUAUUCAGAAUGUGUUUACUUCUUUCUAUAUUGAUCUGAUGUAUAGGAGUUUGGAGAAUAGGAGCAAGAUUAAUAUGAAGUUUAUUGAUGCUGGCCCAUCCUUACUUAGGAUAUGAGAUCUCAAUUACAUUUUUGUUUUACAGCUAAGGAGAUCAAGCAUGCUUUGUGGAGCAUUCCUGACAACAACGCCUCGGGGAUUGAUGGUUUUAAUAGCACCUUCUACAAGGUUGGUUGGCCUAUUGUUGGGAAAGAUGUUGUUCAGGCUAUACAGUCUUUUUUCCUCACUGGUCAGACACUGAAGUCUUGAAAUAUUACUUCUAUUACUCUUAUUCCUAAAACUUCUUGCCCGUCAUCCCCUGGA